UGCCCCCUCGUCUAUCAUUCUUUUUUCUCUUCGCCCUGUACAUUAUUGUAGUUGUCUUGCCUUGGUCUGUGUCGAGAAGUAUAGAUUCGGUCAAAUGUUUUACUUUUUCAUUUGCAGAAUUCUUUACUUGCAAAAUUAUUCUACCAUUUCCUGCUAUAGUUUUACUUUUUCUAUAAAUGUAAAUUUUUUUCCCGUUAUAAGUUUUACUGCGAGUGAGAAUUAUUUUCAAAAACUUUUAGACACCUUGCAGAGAUCUUACAAACAUUUCUUAAGUAACCACUCUGUAGUACCCCAAUUAUGGCCUCUGAUUUUCUAAUGAAUUACAGCAAAAUUUGUUUGUAAGACAACUACCAUAAUAGUCCUACUAAUUUGUGUAAUAUUAAUGAAUAUUCUUCAUUGAAAGUUUAUAAUUGUAUUGUGUGUUACAACAAUAUUUUGUAUGAGUUACUUUGGUAUCGAAAAGGAAUUUCUUUCAACUUGUAAUCGACGUGAUUGUCCACACUAUGAAUUGAUGCAUGGAUUUUGGUGUUUAACAAAAAGAGAAUUAUCAAAAUUUCGUGAUUAUCUUUAUGCUUGUUGACAUCUUACUCUCGUGUUGUAAACUUUGCGUCAUAUUUUUCAUCUUCUCUGUCUUAUCGAUCUCCUUUGGAUGUUUCAUUCAUCGGAUUUUGAACAGUUGAGUCGUUUCGCAAGUGGAGGGUAUUGCGAUAAUUCCACGGUUUAUCUGCAGCACCCUUGUGUCAUAUUGACAGCUCUGGAGGUACUUGGAUAUAGAGUUGUAGCAUCUUCGAGUGUAAGCGUCAAGCAAGAUUACAACGAGUAUAUGUGGACUAUGCGAAAAGAUUUUUCUGAGCCUGAACCCGAUCCUGUGCCUGAUACAAAAAAGUCGGUUUCAGAUCGCGAGUAAUGGAGCACUCGAGAAUGGAUUGUAGCGGAACCGGAAGCGGCUCCUGCUGCGAGAGAAAUACGAGCGAAAGCGUCCCGGUGCGUCAAACUUUGUCGGAGAUGGAUUUCGAACGAGGGAUUUGGUACGCCGCACAGAACAACGAUUGUGAGAGAGUCGAGAAACUUUUGGCAAAAGGUAUUUCCGCGAAUGCCCAAGACGGCGCUGGCUACACGGCUCUACAUUACGCGUCACGCGCUGGAAAUUUGGAAAUAUGCAAGAAAUUGGUGCAAUACGGGGCUGACGUGAACGCUGCAACGCGUUCCGGGAUCGCAACGUCGCUCCAUCGAUCGGCGAUGCGUGGCUUGGACGACGUCGUUCAAUAUCUUUUGAAAUGUGGUGCCAAUCCUCAUUUGCAAGAUUCCGAUGGUUACACGCCGUUGCAUCGCGCCAUUUUGGCCAGUUCACUCACCGUUUGUCGCCUCUUGAUUCCCCUUAGCGAUCUCGAUAUUUCCGAUAAUAAAUCUCGCAACCCUCGGCAACUAGCACUGGAGCAAGGGACCGUUGAAAUAAUUGAGUUGUUCCAGACAUUUGAGAAAACGUGAGAAUCGUCAACGGUGUAAAAAUUCGAAUUAUUUCACAUUGUUCUGAUAAAAUAUAUUUUUCUACGCCCUUAAAGAUUUUCUAUAUGAGCCCAAAAGUGUUGGAUUUAGUGAAAAAAAAAUUCUUGCCAAAUUUCAAUGGAUUCAAAUCGAAAUACGAAAGAUACUGUCAGAUCUCACGUGACCCGGAAAAGUUGCUUGGAGAUACAAAAUGUUCGAGAGCUUAAAAUUCAAUGAGAGCAUAAGAAACGACAAGAAAAUAUAAUAUUCGAAUUUUGAAUGUAGCACAAAAAGUGUAUCAUCGUCUUUAAUUAUCAUUCGUAUAAAAUUAGGUUAUCUCUUAGUAAUAACCUUCAAAGCGAUAAGAGGCUUGAAAGGGGCCGGAAGAAUCGAUUAUUUUGAGCAAUUUAGGUCAAACUUUGAGUAACCAUCGAUUUAAGAUUCCAAUUUAUCUGCUCAAGCUUUGUUUAACAUCACAGAAAAAUGGUGUCAUUCGAAUGUCUCAUAGAUCGAAGGAUAAUCAAAUUUACAUUAAUUUCGAGAUGCUAAAUAGGUUUUUUGUCGUUGUGUGGCGUAACAGUCGAAUUUAUCUUUGCCCAAGAAGUAUCAAUAUAUUUCAAAUUUGAGGGACAUAAAAAUGUGGAGCAUUAUCGAUUUUUCCCAUUUUUUUCUACUCGUGUACGCAAUAAAAAAGAUGGCGGUUGUAUGAAAUAUACGAAAUCAGUUAUCACAUGUA